AUGUCUGGUCAGGAGACCAAGAACACUCCAGGCACUUCAGACGCCUCCGCCAAACUUGAGCUGCGCGUUCGGCUCGAGUUGCUCACUAUCGAUAGCGCCGCCGACGCGGGCGUUCCUAAAGUGCAGCUGCUUGCUCAUGUGGAGAAUCCGUCGGACGAUGCUAUCAAAAUUCUGCGCUGGAACAGUGUCCUCGACCCUCAAGCCGGCUUGCUCGGUGCCAUAUCCCUUCGCAACCAGCAGACCGCUGAGAAUGUUCAAAUUCCCACCAUCAAAAUCAGCCGACAAACACCUGCUCCAGAGGAAGCAUAUGUCCGCAUCGAGCCUCGAUCCGAAAUCAACAACCAUGUCACACUCGCUUUGACAACGACCAAGCUCGAGGAUGGCGUCAAGUACGAGGCUCUCGCGCAAGGCAGGUUCAUGGAGAUUUACAGGGACGAUCAGCGGAGUGAUGAUCCGGCGAGCAUGCCGUAUUCGAGCGAGAGCAUUAGCUUUGCAGCCUAA